AAUGUUAAUAAAACGUAACAUAGCUAGUAUAAUAUAUAAAAAUGAUUAUAAUAUAUUACUCUUGUAAUUAAGCACAUACAAACAUUGCAGCUAGUAAUGUACGCAAUUAAAGAAAAAGGAAUAGCUUCUCUGAACGUGUUGGAAUUAAAUCAAAUUAAAACCGGGACACUUGGAAAACAUUGUACGUUCCUGUCAGUAUCGCAACGUACACUGUGAAACACGGUAUAGACUGUAGAGUCGUGUACGUAUACGACGAAUGAUGCGUAUGUGUGCGACGAGGGGAGAGGGAACGUGAGUACCGUUAGUGAGCAUGCGCCUAUAGCCAUCAUACACGAUGGCCCCGCCUUUCUCGGUGCAAACGAUGCCUUUGGGAUUUGUCCCCCGUCGAACCAAUCAGCAGGCGCAAUAGAUGCUGCGCGACGCGCGGGGGGAGCUGGUAAGGACGCGCGGGAGAAGCUGGCGGCGGAAGGGAUGGUUGCGUCGAGGGACGCGCGGGCAAGUUGGAAAUAGUCAUGUUACACCGUGUGGGGCAGGGAGGUAGUCGGCGUCGACAGUAGCAGUGGUACUGGCAACAGCGAGUAACGAGCAUUACGGAUGCUUCGGCGAGACCUCGCCAAUCUACAAGUUUUUCCAAGUGAUGUCGCACGGGAGAAAACGGUCGUUGUGAAAAGUGAACACGCUUGGUGGAACAAGCAAGCGAGCAAACGAACUGCACACCGUCGAUAUCGCGCGGCGCGACGGACGGUCGAGUGGAACGAGUAGUAUCGAGGGCCAUACACACACAUACACACAAGAAAUUUACGUACACACUCGGGCGUCGAAAGCAUAUAGGUGUGACUGCGCAGUCGCCAUAUAUGUUGUGAUGAAAAAAUUGAGAGUGGUUCGAAUAUGUGUGUAACAUGGCAAGGAAAAAAGACUAUGUAUUAUUGAAUACUGUGAAUGAGAGACACUUCUUUUUCUGAGGAGAAGUCUGUAUCCCAGUUUCACGAACAAAAUAAAGAAACAUGACAGAUGUUAAACCAAUUGGAAUUUCACCAUCUCAGUCACAACAGCAACCACAAUCACAGCCACAACCGCAGCAACAGCCACAACAGCAACAAAUGAUGAUCGCCACUCACGACUUACAACAACAGCAGAAUGUCCAGCAGCCACAGCAGCAGCAACAGCAGCAUGUACAACAGUCGCAGCAAGCUCAGCAAGCUCAACAAGUACAACAGUCGCAGCAAGUGCAGCAACAACAAGUGCAAUCACAACAGCAGAUACAGCAGCAAGUUCAAUCGCAACAACAAAUGCAAGUGCAGCAGCAGGUACAGCAGCAGCAGCAACAAGCACAGCAGUCACAACAGCAGCAACAAAAUAACGGACCACACAGUGUUGUUUCUAACCAAGUUCAAGUGCAACCACAAGUAGCUGCAAGCAUGCCACAACAACAGUUACAAGGAGCCGUCACAGUGUCAAUGCAUCAACAGCCACAAGUACAGCAAGGUGGUGUGUCCAUGACAUUGUCUGGUCAGCAGGGUGCAACUACAAUAACUACGAUGGCUGCACAUCCUCAAGCGGUCCAAGUAAUUCAACAACCGAUUCAGAGUCAAGCGUAUCACUUGCAGCAAUUAUAUAAUCCUCAAGGCACUCCUUUAUUGAUGCCAGGAAAUCUCGCGCUUCAUCCGGCGGGCAUAAAUCCUUCAUCUAUUCAACUAAUAACAGCUGGGAAGCCAUUUCAAUCUGCAGCUCAACUGACUCCUCACAUGUUGACUACAGCAUCGACGCCUGGACAAGGCGGUGGCCAUCCCGGUGCGGGUGGCCCUAAAGUACAGGGAUUCCCCACGGGUUACUUACCAGUGCCUACAUCUGCUACGCCUGGUGCUGGUCAAACGUUGGUAUUUGGUCAACUUGGUGUAUUGGGUUCUCCGCACCCACCACCCUCGCUGCAACAGCAGCAGCAACAACAGCAGUCCGCGAAUAAACCGGACCAAGUGCAAAAGUAUACUGCAUGUACCACUGGAGCAUCAUCAGGUGGGAGAGGUGGUGGAAUGCAGUUUGCACCUUGGCAAUUUACGCCUCAAGUAUGGACUGCUGGGCUACAACAACCAACUCUUCUCACUGCCGCACCGAAUCAGAUAUUCAUUCGCGGUCCUACGCAACCCGACAUGUAUAUACAGAGUCCGCAACCACUACAGGCGCACAAUGCUCUCACGACGCAGCAACAAAUACAAGGAGUACAGCAGAUUGCAGCAGCUAGCGGAAAGACUGCCAAAGUAAUGGAUAUUCAGCAGCAGCAGGGCCAGCCGAGUAAGCCGAAUACGAGUGGGCAACGACCGUUGAGUAUUCUGCCAUCGUCCAUGCAGGCCGUUCAAACUGCCAAUAUGCGCGCUGCCAGUUCCGUUUCCACGCAAACCGUUCAUGGAAUACAAGCACAGACCGGUAAAAGUGGCGGUGGUGGCGGGAAAGGUCGUGGCAAGCCAAUACAAGCGCCGCAACAGCAACAACAACAAGCUCAACAAUCAACGCAACAUCAGCAAGUCUUCAUACAGCAGAAACAACACACGCAGCAGCAGCAGCAAUUGCAACAGCAAUAUCAGCAACAAGUGCAAUCUUCCCAACAGCAGAUACAACCUAAGCCCAUCAUGACAAAUAUGACAUUACCACAGCAGCAACAACCUGGUGUUGUUUUGGGCACAGAUCGUCCAAUUAUGCCGGUAGUCUCAGUGGCCGGCGUUGGGAUCGGGGUCGCUACCGCGUCGCAAAUGAAUCCGGUGGCGCAAUCUUCACUAUCAACCGUACAGCAGCUUCCUUUGCCGGCCAUCAAUCCAACGAUAAUAGGUAAUCAAAUAGUGAGCGGAGCAUCGCAGGUUCAGGCAAUGCCAAUAGUGAACGCGACGACGCAAGAUCAGCCAACGCAUGAUAAUGCCAAUUCGACGACAAUGAUCACGUCACCAGAUCGUAAUCCGCAAACCGAAUGCUCCUUGAUACUACCAUCUGCUACGAAUUCCGCGGUAACCGACGAUAGCGUAAAAUUGCUACCGAAGAAAGAAGAAAUUCCAGUCGCCAUGGAAGAAGUCGCGGCAACACCCCAAAUGGAAGUAACAGACACGGAAGAUCAAUGUAAACCAGUGGUGUUAAAAGAGGAGGAGGUGGUUGUUCCAAAAGUGGAGGAGAAACCAUGUAACAACCCAUUGGCGGGGCUUGCCAACACCGUGAACGCGAUUACGAAUGGUGUGGUCGGCGAUGAAUCAACGAUCCUGCCGAUUUGUGCACCCGUCACAGUGAAUAGUAAACAAGCACCACCUAAAGCCAUGGUAAAGCCACAGGUCCUUACACACGUGAUAGAAGGAUUCGUGAUACAAGAAGCAUCAGAGCCAUUUGCAGUAAGUCAGGAAACUACUAACAUCCUGAACAGAAGUAACACAGCUACAGAAAGGGACACUUAUGAUGAGCCUCCGAGGAAAAAACGUACUCUUAGUUACUCGAAUGAAGAAGAUGGAACUAGCGGACAAGUCAAUAAGUGCGAAAAUUGUGGCAAUGCGCUCGAUGAACAGAAUGUCAAAUUAAAGAAAGAGAAACGAUUUUGUUCAUCAAUAUGUGCAAAAAGCAGAAAACGUGAAACGCGGGAUCGCGAUGGUACAGAGAAACAAUGGACUGAGAUAGAGACUGAAACUAAAACUGUCGAUAAUGAUAUGACAAAGAAAAACGGCGAGGAAAGAUCGUCUACGACUACCACUUCUUCCACUGAUGAGUCACUGCCGAAAGUAAACCCCGUUAAAUGGACGGUGGGUGAAGUAUGCGAUUUCAUACGCGGUUUGCCGGGAUGCGCCGAUUACGCGGAGGAUUUCGCCAUUCAAGAGAUUGAUGGUCAAGCCCUUAUGUUGUUGAAGGAAGAUCAUCUCAUGUCAGCUAUGAGCAUUAAAUUAGGGCCGGCAUUGAAAAUCGUCGCUAGAAUCGAUUCGAUGCGCGUAGAAUCAAUGUCGAAUUCCAGUCCCUCAUCGAACAAUUCGUAAUCGUCUACUCAUUUAAGAAUCGUAAAACGUUCGUUUCCAAAAAGUCGGAUUUUAAUCUAUGAGCUGCAGGGUUUGUGCAAGUACUUGACUAAAUGUAAGUUUCUAGAAGUAGGACUUCUGAAUGAUGAUCGAGACAUACUGAAUGAUGAUUGAGCAUACACCGAGUGAUUACGUAACGAAAUUUUUCGCCUGUUUUUUUUACUAUGAGUUCUCUUCCUUUAGUAGGAAAACAAACUACAAUUUAUUUUAUUUUUCGUAGACACACAAGUAUAAUAACAUAAUCAUCAUAUUACUUUUAGUUCAACUUGUACGAACUAUGAAAACAAUCAAUCUCUGUAAGUUAUUACGGAAUGUAAAAUGAGAAUACUUGUGUACAUUAUGCAUACAGAGGAUGUUCAUGAAUAAUAGAUCUCGGAACAGUUAAAAAGAUUGACAUUGCGUUAAAAACAUUCUUGAAGAAUAUUCAAUAUUUAAUUUUGUUAUUCAAGAACAUUGUUUCUCCCUGACAUGUUACAACUUGAUUUUUGACCACUAUAUUUUUAUUAUUCUUACAAACGGUAUAUUUAGUAAACGAAUAUCGUUGUAUUUCUUUAAUAUUUUUAAUUAUAUUUUUAUCUUAUUUUUUAUGUAAAAUAACGAUUUUACAUCAAAUUACACAGUUGAUAUCGAUAUUGAAAAUAACGAUAUUAUAUGCAGGCAAAUUUAAUACAAUACGGUUAUAAUAUAAAUUUAUACUCUUUACAUAAUCUUCA